ACCAGCCGUGUCUGGCUCCCAUAGCCACGAUCUUUCCAUUCCAUCAGGCCCCUCCGGUAUGACUCAGGCCAGGACGUGGACUGGUGUGGGAUGCUGAAGUCAGUUGGUGACACAGAGCAAGGACAAGCCCCGAGGAGGCGGGAAGAAUCAGAAAGCCCCUCACAAAUAUCUCUUGGAAGAGGCUGAUUUAACACAAAAACCACUUUGCAGCAAUGUCCUUAUACCACUUCUGGUUGUUGCAUUUUUAUAUUUUCAGAGUUCACAUGCAGUUGAAUCCAUUAGUAUGAGCUUAAUAUUUCUCGAUGAAACAUUUUUCAGUUUUUAAUUUCCAAAUUAAAAGCUUUUGGGUGUAUUGAUAAGUAGGGGGAAGUACUCAUAUCAGCUUGAUCUAGCUGCUGGUCGCGGUCACUGGAGUGGGCAGAUGAUCCCCAGCAUGGGACUUGGGUCACCAAGCCAGCACGCUGGCUGUUGGACAAAGGUCAGCCUUCAAUUGCUAUAUUAGAGUCUCUUUCCCCCUCCAAAGUCAGGACGUCUAAGGUAGCUAAGGACGUCUUAGGUAGCUAAGAUGAGAGAUUUUGGGGUCUGCCCAACCUAGGUUUGAAUCUUCUUUCUACCCCUUAUUACUUGCAUAAUUUAAACUCUCUGAGCUAGUUUUGCUACUUCUAACAUAGUGUUGACAAUUACACCUACCAGCUAGGGUCAUUUCAAAGAUUCAAUGAAAAAUGUAGUCAAGGAUUUGAUACAUAACAAGUAUGCUAUAAAGGGAAGCGUUUGCUGUUGUUAUUGUUAGUGGUACUAGUAAAGUUGAGUUUCAGGAAAGCCAAGUAAGAAGGUUCUAGAAAGAGAUGGACACACUGAAGUGUGCUUGGGAUGCAAUGCUUGAUUUUCUGUUUGCCAUCUCUGACAUCCUCCUCCCUCAGUUGCGUCAGAGCUUCAUUUCCUGAUUGUCUGAAUGGUACACAACUGCAUUCCUGGCGGAAGAGCGGGUUGCUUUGGCUGGGCUGCAGCCUCCUGAUGAGAGGUUAGUGUGGGGGCAGGCCUGCUUCAAGGAGGCUGGAGAACAACCUGUAAAAGAGACAGCUCCUCCCAGAGCAGAAGCACCAAGGAAUCCAAACUCAGCACAGAAAACUCCCAACCCAACAGACGAGUUUUUAAAGUGGGGACAGCAUCUCCCAGGCUCCUGAAGCCUGCUAAUCAGAUGUUUGUAUGCAAAUGAAUGGAAACAACAACAAGGAAAGAUGCCCUACGCGGAGCCAACACCCCUAGCGAAGGAUUAUAAAAGCCCCUAAGCAUUAGGUGUCCUUCUCACUCAGGUAUCCUGAGUUUGCAACAUCCCAGCAAGGUUAGCACCAGCAGCAUGGCGGGCAGCUGUUGUUCUGGAAAUGUCACGGCCAUUCCAGCUGUGUCCACCAUCUCCCUAUGCUCAAAUGAUGGCAGCUUCCAAAAUGGUAUCUGUUUGCCUAGUUCCUGCAGGAGCAGAACGUGGCAACUGGUCACGUGCCAAAAAAGCUGUCAGCCAUCCAGCAGUGCCCCAAGUGGCUGUGAACCUGCUUCUUGCCAACCUGCCUGCCUUCCAGCAGCUUCUUGUGUGGGUUUUGUUUGCCAACCCAUUUGCUCCUGCCCGGCCUCCUGUGAAUCCGGCACCGGUCAGUCUCCUUGUCUGCUUCCCUCAAGCCGGCCCUCCUGCUCGGAGUCCACCAGUUGUCAGCCAAAGUGCCGUGAGGCCAGCUCCUGCCAACAAAGAUCCCACCAGGAACCUGGCUACAUGUCUGGACUGUGCCAGGCAGCUGGUGGCCAAUCAGUCUGCUGUGACGGUAAGUCCUACCAGCCAUCCUGCUCUGCUGAGGUGACAUCCUGUCCUGAAACAUCUUGCCCACCAACCGUCUGUGCAGCUAGUUCAUGCCAGCCAACUUGCUGCCAAGCAGGUUCGUGUCAACCCAUUAGUGGUGAAGAUCAGCCCUGCAAAUCAACUUGUUACCAACCCAUCUGCUACAUUUUCAAGUCUUGCCAAUCAUUUCCCUGCCAGCAGUCGACUUGUGGGUUCUGUUCUUGCAAUCCUACUUGCUGUGUGUCUUCCUCGUGGCAGCCACUGUACUGCGUACCAGCUCCCUCCAUAUCCUUCUUCUGCCAGCCACUGGCUACCUGCCAGGCCCCUUGUUCUGUAAAGAACCCUUGCAAACGAGCUUCCUGCAGCACCGUGCUUUCUGGCCAACCAACUUGUGGUGGGUCCCCCUCCUGCAACCCAAGUGGCUGCAGAUCCCCUUCCUGCCAACCAGCUUGCUGUGUGACGGGUUUUGGCAAGUCCUCCAGUGGUGGCUCCAAUUGCUUCCGACCAGCUCCCUCAAGUCUCUGCAAAGCCAGCCCCUGCUUGCCAACUUCCUGACAGCCCAGCCACGAGUCCAGCUUCGGUAAGGCAGCACUUCUUGGAGGGAGCACUCUGCACACCUCCUCUGAGUGCUGCUGCUGUCUACAAGCUCACGGCCACCCCGUGGUGCCUGCCUCUGGCCGAGCCUAGAUGCUGCCUGCUUGCUAACUUUACUCUGACUCCAGCCCCACGUUCUCUCCAGGUGCUGACGAGGGAACUUGUCCAGCUGCUAAGAGACCCUCCUUAACCAAGGAGAGCCUUUCAGCAAGCAUGGUCCACACCGUGGCUUGCAUUUCCUGACAUUUCAAUUCUCUUCGCUUCAGCAAAGCCUUCUCCAGUUUUCGUUUCUUUUGAUGCUGCCCAGUCUUUAAAAAGACUCCUUUGCUACCAACUGCUAAUAAAAAUGUGACUGGUUAGGCAUGA